UCAGCAAGCAAGCAGUGUGGGAAGACAAAAAAAAAAAAAGAAAAAGGUCAAGUUUCUUGUACAUGUUUUUUUCUGACAUUGUUUAUUGGCAUCAACUGAAAAUGAGUUUAAAGGUGAUUUGUCGAUGCUCCACUGGAUCAUACUAGCCAAAAUAAAAAGCACUUUGCACGAAUGUGAACGGUUCAAAACAAAAAUGCCUUGAAAUAUUACCAAAAAAAAAAGCAUCAACUUCCAUGGCCAAAUCCAGUUUCUUCAAAACCAUUCUCUCUUCUUCUAAACUACCUUCAAUGGCUACUCAAAGCCUUUACCUUUUCUCUUUAACUUUGCUUUCACUCCUUUAUUUAGCUAAACCUUUCGUCCCCACAAACCAAUUUCUCCUCAACUGUGGAUCACACGCCAACGCUUCACUUUUCAACCGUGUCUUCGUCUACGAUUCGGCUAAUCCCAGUUCGGUUUCCCUCUCGGCGGACCGAUCCGUUUCAGUAACCGACCGAAACCCAUCUCCGAAUUCACCCAUUUUGUACCGUACGGCCCGAGUUUUCACCGCCGAGUCGAGUUACAAGUUCAUCGUCAAGAAAAACGGGACGGGAACUCACUUUGUACGCCUACAUUUCUCCCCGUUUCGAGCUCGAAAUUUCGACUUGGGUUCUGCUAAGUUCAACGUUGUGGCUAAUGGGUUCUUGCUAGUACGUGGUUUUAGUGUUUCCAAUACGGUUUUAAAAGAAUAUAUUUUGGAAAUCGAUGGUGAAUUCCUUGAAAUUACGUUUAGUCCUGUGAGUGAUUCUGGGUUUGCUUUUGUUAAUGCAAUUGAAGUGUUUACAGCUCCUAAAGAUUUCAUAAUCGAUGAUGGAGCUAGGUUGGUUAAUAAUAAUGGGAUUGAAAACUACAAGAACUUAACAUCCCAAGUUUUAGAGACUGUUCAUAGGAUCAAUGUUGGGGGAUUAAAAUUGACUCCUUUUAAUGAUACUUUGUGGAGAACUUGGAUCCCUGAUGAUGGGUUCCUUGUGUUUAAAACAGCUGCGAAACAAGCUGUUACUACACAUGUACCUAAUUAUCAAACUGGAGGUGCAAGCCCUGAAAUAGCACCAGCUAAUGUUUAUAUGACUGCACAGCAAAUGAACAGAGAUAAUUUAACAUUGAAUGGUAUAUUCAAUGUCACUUGGGAUUUUCCAGUAGGUUCAUUUGGUGCUUCAUAUUUGGUUAGGUUGCAUUUUUGUGAUAUUGUUAGCCCUGCUCUUAAUCAGCUCUACUUCAAUGUGUAUAUCAAUGAUUAUGCUGCUUAUAGGGAUUUGGAUUUGUCGAUGCUUACGUUUCAUGUACUUUCUUCUCCAGUUUAUUUAGAUUUUGUUGUGGAUUCGGAAGAUUCCGGGGUCAUACGUGUGAGUGUUGGACCUUCAGAUUUGAGUACUCCUUCGAGAAUUAAUGCUAUUCUAAAUGGAGCAGAGAUUAUGAGGUUGGUGAAUGUUAAAGGCUUGCAUGGUGAGUCUAAGAAGGGAAACGUUUGGAUUUUCGUGGGUCUCGUUGUUGGCGGGUUCGUUAUCGUUUGUUUGGGUGUGGCUGUUGUUUUGCUUAUAUUUAAGUGCAAGAAGAAGAAACCGAAACCACCGAGACGUGUGGAAAGUGCUGGUUGGACACCGUUACGUGUUUUUGGGGGCAGUUCAUAUAGUAGAAUGUCUGAAGGGACGGCUACUACGUCUCCGGGUCCUAAUGGUAGCUUGAGAAUCCCGUUUGUUGACAUACAAGCAUCAACUAACAAUUUUGAUAAGAGUUUGAUUAUUGGAAUGGGUGGAUUCGGUAUGGUCUACAAAGGGGUACUUAAAGACAAUACUAAGGUUGCUGUGAAGAGAGGUGUCCCGGGGUCAAGGCAGGGUCUUCCGGAGUUUCAGACUGAGAUAACUGUUUUCUCAAAGAUUCGUCACCGGCAUCUUGUUUCACUCGUUGGAUAUUGUGAAGAACAGUCGGAAAUGAUACUGGUCUAUGAGUACAUGGAAAACGGACCAUUGAAGAAUCAUUUAUACGGUUUAAAACAUCCUCCAUUGUCUUGGAAGCAAAGACUUGAAAUAUGUAUUGGCUCGGCUCGAGGUCUUCACUACCUUCAUACUGGUUCAGCACAAGGUAUCAUUCACCGCGACAUUAAAUCUACCAAUAUAUUGCUUGAUGAGAAUUUUGAGGCCAAGGUUGCUGACUUUGGUCUCUCGAGAUCCGGUCCGUGUCUCAAUGAAACACAUGUAAGCACCGGAGUAAAGGGUAGCUUCGGUUAUCUUGAUCCCGAGUAUUUCCGGAGACAGCAGCUUACUGAUAAAUCUGAUGUUUAUUCAUUUGGGGUUGUGCUUUUUGAGGUACUUUGUGCUCGGCCCGCUGUUGACCCAUUGCUUGCCAGGGAACAGGUGAACUUAGCUGAGUGGGCAAUGCAGUGGCAGAAAAAAGGCAUGCUCGGCAAAAUCAUCGACCCCAACCUCGUGGGACAAAUAAAGCCUAGCUGUUUGAAGAAAUAUGGUGAAACAGCUGAGAAAUGCUUGGCUGAUUAUGGUGUUGAUAGACCGACUAUGGGUGAUGUCUUGUGGAAUUUGGAGCAUGCACUUCGGCUUCAAGAAUCAGGGCCCGACGAACCAUGUGAUGCCGAAGACGGCAACAUGAAUGGAAUGGAUCAUCCAACACCUAGCAUUAUUACUACAUCCGGUAAUAAUGACACAGAGAAAGACGAUCCGAUUGGUAGUUUAGACUUAACGACAGGCCAAAUAUUUUCACAAUUGAUGACAAAGGAUGGCAGAUAGUUUUAAGUAGUCAAUUCUGCAGAGAUACAAUCAAAGGUCAAUUUUUCAUUCCCGAAAUUUCUAAUAUACAUAUGUAUAUUGUAUAUGUAUGUAUCCAUAUAUAUAGAUUGGAAGCUUCACCUUCUCUCUUCAA